CUGGUGGUGAGGAGGUUGGCAGACCUUGCAUCCGAAUUGACAGUAGGAAGCAGUAGGAAGUUUGACAGUCCUGACAACUUUUGUUGCUGUUUUUUCUUAUUCCCUUGAUUACAUUUAAUUAAAGUGCCCAAUUUAACGCAGCCAUAAAUGAAUUUAAUUGGCCGUUUCAUCAAAUGUGGAAUGCGCAUUAGGUUAAGUAUGCUGGGAUAGCGAUAACGAAGAUAAUUGUAGCCGCAACAACACGCCAAGGAAGAAAAGAAGGCGAAAGAGAAGAGACGAAAAAAAAAGAAGGGAAAAGAAAAUUAACGAAAAAAAAAAAAAAAGAACACACAAGAAGGAAGACGAAUUCGCAUAUACGCAGAGGGCAUCGCGUGUGAGAGAGGAUUUAUUUUGUGUUUUUGGGAAGAGAGGAACUGCCAGUGCCACACAGAGAUAUUCCAAAAAAAAAAAGAGGAGGAUGACAGAGUACAAGUUAGUUGUGGUGGGGGCUGGAGGUGUAGGGAAGUCUGCACUCACGAUACAGCUGAUACAGAACCACUUUGUGGAUGAGUAUGACCCUACCAUCGAGGACUCCUACAGGAAGCAGGUGGUGAUCGACGGUGAGACCUGCCUGCUGGACAUCCUGGACACAGCUGGUCAAGAGGAGUAUAGUGCAAUGAGAGACCAGUACAUGAGAACAGGUGAAGGUUUCCUAUUAGUAUUCGCUGUGAACUCGGCAAAGAGCUUUGAAGACAUUGGCACAUACAGGGAACAAAUCAAGAGGGUCAAGGAUGCUGAAGAGGUACCCAUGGUCCUCGUCGGAAACAAAUGUGAUCUUUCUACUUGGGCUGUUGAUAUGACACAAGCUAGAGAAGUGGCUAAACAAUACGGGGUGCCCUUUGUAGAAACGUCGGCGAAGACGAGAAUGGGCGUCGAUGACGCCUUCUACACCUUAGUGAGGGAAAUCCGUAAAGACAAAGCGAGUAAAGGUAAAAGGUCGCACAAGUUCGUUAACGUCCGUGGCCGAGGUCCAUUUCAAUUUAAAUGCUCCAUCCUAUAGAUUUCGGAAUAAUUAUAAUAAUAAUUAAGCAAAAUAUUACAAACAAAAAAAAAAUAAUAUGAAGAAGAAGAAGAUGAA